AUGGGCUGCUCAUUGUCGAAAAAUCCUGGAAUAGAGCCACAAAACGACAAUCCUCCGCCGAAGGGUCCCGCGCCUGGCGACAGACCAUCCUUCCCUCAACCAUACCAAGACCCUAGAUCAAUUGAAGAUGAGAAUACAUUCCCGCUUGAUGAGCGGGACAUUGUCUCAGUUUCGGACGAGGAACUUUUAGCAGCUUUCUUGACGGCGCCUCGACUUCACGAUUAUGGAGAUGUCAUAAUACCACGAAUCUCGAAGCAUCUCGUCAUCAAAGGCGGCCCAGGCGUGGCAAAGAGCGAAGCAGAAAACAUGAAAUUUGCUCUAGAAACCCUGGGCCUUCCAAUUCCCAAGGUUCAUCAUGCUUUCACCGCUGAGAUCCCAGAAGAUCCAGACAUGCCCGAAACACCCUUGGUAGAAGCCCACUUCAUUGUCAUGGACUACAUAAAAGGAUCCAUGAUGGACAAAAGCUGGCAGUCCCUGGAUACGACUGCCAAAGCAACAGUGGUCCAGCAGGUCGCGGAUGUUAUUGACAAGAUGCAAUCUACGAUCCUCAAUCAUAUGCCGGUAGGGCCUAUUGAGAGGUCCCAGGAUGCCAAAUUCCAAGGCCCAUGGUUCACAGACUACGGCGCGGGGCCUUUCAACACGCUUGGCGAACUCGAGGACUGGUGCAAUCACAAAAUCGACGUCGGCAUCAUGGUUAAGCAACUAAAACCCGAAACGCCAAGAUUUGAGUUCAAGGAUAUCGUUCUGACCCACCAAGAUUUGGCGCUGAGAAAUCUGGUACUCGAUAAAAAUAUGAAGGUUUGGGUAAUAGACUGGGGUUGCGCCGGUGUAUAUCCGAAAGGUUUUGAACAAGCCGCGCUGCAGAUUCAGGCGGAAAAUAAUGAGUAUGCUGAUAUGGUACUGGAGAGGCUCUCAGAGCGACAAGAUACCAUGAUCGCUCAGUAUAGGAAAAUCGCAUAUGGGCUGUCAACUGGGCGUGCUUUAUGA